AUGAUACCACCAAACGAUUACAUGGAGGUAGAAGUAGCGCAUGAGGAAGAUGAUCAAGAAUUGAUGGAAAUAGAAGAAGAUUUUUCCGAUGACUCAAGUAACGAUAGUGGUAUGGACAAUGAAGUAAUCGAAUUAGAAAGACAUGGAUUAUUGUACCCAGAUGAUGUCUAUGAUCUGCAUAUCACAGAUGUAAUGUGCAUGCUUGAGUUCUAUUAUAUAGACGAAGAACACGAAAGUGACGUACAAACACCGUUGUUACGUACCGUGCCUCUAGAUAUAGAAUCAUAUGUUUAUGGUUCGAUUAAAUAUAAAAGUUUCUCAACGGGUAGAUAUAUACCGUUACUUCAUACUGCUCUGCAAACGAUUGAAAUCGAUAUAAGAGAUGAAUUUGGGCAUGCUAUACCAUUUGAAUAUGGUACAUUGACUAGAGCGGUUGUGAACGUGCAAUCUAUAGACAAUGCAUGUUUUGCAUGGUCGGUGGUGGCCGCUCUAUAUCCAGCUAAAAAUCACGUGGAUCGGGAAUCGUCGUAUCCGCAUUAUAAAUCUGUGUUAAAUCUCAAGGACAUUGAAUUUCCAAUGACUUUAAGUCAAAUAAAAAAGUUUGAGAAUCUCAACGCAAUCUCCAUCAACGUAUAUACCAUCGAAAACGUGGAACAAGUAUCGAUCCUACCGAUUCGCCUCGCUAACACAAAGAAGGAGAAGCAUGUCAACCUGCUAUAUGUGGAGAAAGAUGGUGUGGGACAUUUCACAUGGAUCAAGAAUUUGUCCCGCCUCGUUAGCUCGCAACUGAGCAAAAAGAAGAAUAAGAAAUACAUUUGCGAUAGAUGCCUGCACUAUUUUAGUUCGAGCGAAAAGUUGGAGGUCCACACUGUUGACUGUGGGGAGAUGAACGAAUGCGCGAUCAGGUUACCAAGCGAAGACAACAAGAGGCUGACGAGUGCCGCGAUUGGGCAACAACCACGAAACAAAACAAAGACAUCCCUGGCCCGGGAAACCCCGAAAAAGCGUCGAACAGAAUACACAAAGAAAAGAGGCCAAGCUGCCAUAGUGUUAAGCAGAAACAAACAAAAAAACUUAGGCGUUUCCUAG